ACAGUGGCCUCCCGCCGGGGACUCGGGCAUCUGGGCUCUUAGGUUUCCUCGCAAGAGCCACCACGUCAGGGAACCGUGUCACUGUUGGCCCUGCCCCACUUGUCGAACCUGCACUCUGCCGCCAGGGGGAGCACGGCGCACAGUUCUUUGGUCCGUGAAACGAGAACGCUAGGGCGCAUGCGACUAGGAGAUCCGAGGACUACGAGUCCCAGGGAACUGUGUGGCCCUCUCUUCUCGUAGCGGGUGGGGGUGGGGGAGAAAAACUGGCCAAAGGAAAUGAACUACAAGACCCAGAGGGCGCUGCGCGGCCGUGCUAGGUGACUUGGCUCUUCAUCCUCUGACUCCAAGGCGGAACCUAAGCGUCCAGCCCUGUGCUGAGGCUACGAAACCGCGGAUUGCGUCUUGGAAGGCGGCAUGGAAGAGGCAGACCGGAUUCUGAUUCACUCGCUGCGCCAGGCAGGAUCGGCCAUCCCUGAGGAUGUCCAGUCUCUCCGGGCCUUCACUGCAGAGCUGGCAGUCACAGCUGUGGUGGGCUGCCUCCAAGUGCUGUGUCCGUCCCUCAGCUCCAGCCUUAGCCCCCACCUGCCUCCUGGAAUGUCUGCCCGCUUUCGCCUUGGUAUGAGCCUGGCUCAGGCCUGCUCGGAUCUAGGCUAUCCCCGGGAGCUUGGCUACCAGAGCUUUCUGUACCCAAGUGAGCCGGACCUGCGGCAGCUGCUGCUCUUCCUUGCGGAGCGGCUGCCCCCUGACCCUGCCCAGGAGAGUGCCCAGCCUUCAGGCGGCGAGUCAGCCAUCCUACUCCGUGCUGUUGGUGGCCGAGUCAGGGAACUUCUGGCUGAGCCGUGGGUGCCCCCAGCCCUAAGACCCCCAGAGCCCCAGGAUUCUGUCCCUCGGAAGCCUCUCCACAUUCAGGCCUUCAUACUCCCGGAAGUGAACUCAGAGGAAGGAGCCUCUGAGGUGCAAGAGUUCCAGGGAGGGCCUCUGGUGCCCCCUGUUCCUGCGCAGAUCCCCUGUCAGGCUGUGCGGGCAGCCUCAUUCCUGGAGGAACAUUUGGCCCAGCUCUGUGACCUGCCUGAGGGGGAGUCCUCUAGUGAUGCAGACAAGGCUCGCAGGAGACAUCUGGCCCCACGACUGGUGGAGCAGCUGAGGCAGGGCUGGGGGCAGACCACAUCUGGUGCCUCCUGGAUUCUGGGGCCUGGUGCAGAGCUGAGUGAGCUCCUCUCUGCCUGGGGGCCUGGUCCUAGAGAGCCUCGAGGCAAGGGUUCCAGGUUCACUCAUGCAGAGAAAUUCACUUUUGCUCAGGAACAACAGGUGGCCCAAGCCCUGCUUUUGCCACCCACAGAGCUCCCCUCCCAGCUGUCCCCCUCCCACUUGGAGCAGGAAACGUGGGCAGGCCAGGAGGCAGAACUGGCCUCUCUCCAGGACCGCCUUGAGCUCGUGGGCCACAGCAUCAAGGAAGCUGGGGCCACUGUGAAGAGGCUGACACUCAGCACAAGCCAGGUCGAAGCAGAGGCCCAACAAGAUUGGCUGAGCACCAUGGAGCGGGACCAAACCAGGCAGCUGAAGCGCCGGGCCGUGGACCUGCUGCCAGAUGCCCCUGGCAACCUGGCCAAAUUGCAGGUGGUGGUAGAGGCCAGUGCCCAGCGAGUCAUUCACCUGGCUGGCCAGUGGGAGAGGCAUCGGGUGCCACUAAUGGCUGAAUAUCGGGUGCUGAAGAUGCGUCGGGACCAGAGAGAGCUAGAGUCGUCACACAAGGCGGCUGAGCUCCAGGCUCUGCAGGAUUGUGUUCGGUUGGCUGUUGUUGAGGCCCGACGCAAGGAAGGUCUAUACAAGCAAUUGGUGGCCGAGCUAGAGACCCUGCCCAGAGACAUGGCUCGGUCUGCUUACACCCAUCGCAUCCUGGAGAUCGUGGGCAGCAUCCGGAAGCAGAAAGAGGAAAUCACUAAGAUUCUUUCUGACACCAAGCUGCUUCAGAAAGAGAUCAAUGCUCUGUCUGGCAAGCUGGACCGGACCUUUGCUGUCGCAGAUGAACUGGUCUUCAAGGAUGCCAAGAAGGACGACUCAGUGAGGAAGGCCUAUAAAUACCUGGCAGCCCUGCAUGAAAAUUGCAGCCAGCUUAUCCAGACCAUAGAGGACACUGGCACCAUCUUGCGGGAGGUCCGAGACCUGGAAGAGCAAAUUGAGACGGAGACCAGCAAGAAGACUCUGAGCAAUCUGGAAAAGAUCCUGGAGGACUACAAAGCAGUCCGCCAAGAGAAUGCAGGCCUGUUGGGGCGACUCCAUGAAGCAUGAGGCUGGUGUCGACGCUGGAUAGGGAUAGGGACGGGGAUGGGCAGGGGCACAUCCUCCACCAGUGUCUGCUUCAGCCACGUGGCCUUUAUUGGUGGGAGGAGAGCAAGGCCCUCCUUCACUGGGGAGACCAGAACAGUGACAGUAAAUAAAAGUAGUUCCUUUAGCA